UCGUGGGCAUGCGCAGUAGAGUGGCUACAGUGCUAGCAGCUGAGUUGUGUGUGCAGUUAUUUAAAGACAUUUAAAAUGGCUAGUUGUUCUUGGGCAGAAAACAUACUCCAGCUCCUCCGUAAAAUGAAUAACUUUUAUUUACCAGGUUCGUGUCGUUCAAGCUGCUUUCGUUUUGAGAUUGAAGGAGCCCAGGUCGGCUGGAUACCUCCUCACGUAGCUUCGCUUUUAGCACGCUAUCCAGACGUGUUCAGUUCGCCACACCAGGGUGCAGUGACCCUCUGCCACGGCCUGGACUCGUACGAAAAGAGAUCCGAGGCUGUGAGUCAUGUACUGCAAGCUCUCAGACAGGAGCCCUCUUUAACCUGCCUUAAAGGAUGGAGAGAUGAGAAAUACAGUGUAAUGCCCAGAUUUUCAGACUGCCCUUUGAUGUGGAUGGAAAGAGCAGCUACAAGUCUCUUUGGGGUGAAGCGGUAUGGAGUUCAUAUCAAUGGCUACACUGUCAGUGACAGUCAGGAGGUUUGUAUGUGGUUGGCACGGCGCUCCCACACCAAGCAGACGUACCCUGGGCUCCUGGAUAACAUGGCAGCAGGUGGGCUGGCUGCUGGUGUUGGCAUCAAACACACUCUGGUCAAAGAGUGUCAGGAGGAAGCCUGUGUUCCAGCAGCCAUAGCUAAGAAGGCUCGUCCAGUUGCAACAGUAAGCUACACAUAUGAGGAUGAAGAGGGUGUGUUUCCAGAAAGCCAGUUUGUCUUUGAUUUGGAACUUCCUUUGGAGUUUAAGCCCAUAAUAGGGGAUGGAGAGGUGCAGGAGUUUUACCUCCUCCCCAUAGAUAAGGUGAAGGAACUGCUGGUCACUGAUGACUUCAAACCCAACUCUGCCAUGGUAGUCUUGGACUUUCUCAUAAGACACUCGUACAUUGACCCUGACACAGAGCCGUACUAUCAGGACUUUGUGACAGGACUCCACCAGAUAUUAUAGAACGAAGAUGAAGAUUACUCACUGUGCCUGAGGCACCAUAUGUCAUGUGGUGCCAACAUUGUUGUUCACAUUUACAGUUGCAAGAAACAUCAUAAAAAUGUGAACUUUUCUUUAGUGUUUCUUCAGAAACACUAAAGAAAAGUCAUACACUUUAUUGUACAACAUGUUAAUAUUAAAUAUAGUGAGUUAUUAUAUUUCACAGGUGUUUUUCAUGCAGUUUUGUUCAGUGGGUUCAGCCUGAUAACUGCAGGUGAGUGGUUCAGAGGAUGGCUGAACCACAUGAGUGCUGGAUCUAAGAAUGACAUGUAAGAGUUAUCAUGCACAACACUUUGCAGGUGUCAUGCAGACCUCAGAGUAAAUAUGCUCUAUAUUAUCUAUAGUCAUAGUACGACCUUUUAAGUUCAAAGUGCAAUUUCAGUUUCUGCACUUCCACCCAUUAAAUGCAGUAAUCAUACUUGAUUCAAAUCUAGUCAUCUCCUUAUAUACUGCAAGUCUAUAGGAUAAAAAUGUAGAGAAGAAAAAUAUGUUAUGUUAUUCUUUUGAGUAUGUAGAGCUCAAAGAGAAGAUAAGCAACCUCAUUAGAGUAAAGCACACAUGGAUAUUUGCUGUGUAGGCGGGUGGUUUGUGGGAUCCAGCACUGGUCACAUAAACCUGACAGAGCGUGGAGCUGUGUUUGGUACAGCUGAAAAACUGUUUACACAGUGAUAUAUACGACAAUAUACACAUAUAACACUCCAAAAGAAGAAUGUUUUGAGAUUCCGCACAGCAAUAAAGUGGAACUUGCGAGUUCAUCUUUAUUUAUUGGUGCUUUCUGUUGUAAAAUCUUAACGAGUGUUCACUGGACCAGUCUUCAUCACAGGUUUUUCUACAGUUGCUCGUGACACUUGCACAGUAACGAAGAACAACUUUGGACCAGUCCUUCUGCGAGGUGUUUCAGUUCAUCAACAGUUAUGGAAUAUCUUGAUUAUAAAAUAUCAUCGCAUCAUGCUACACCACCUCAUGUGGGUUAAGCACAGGCCUCCCUGAUUUUUUUUUGAAUAAUUCUGAUAUUAAUUUACAUCCAUGCUUUGGGUAAUUUAUCUUAUUUCAUCAAACUGUCCUAAGAUUCAACUUGUGAAUCGCUCGCUAGAUCCAGUGCAAAUAAUCAGACUCAUUGAUUCAAUUUAUUGUUCCUUUAAUGACUGUAAAGCCUCAGAUGUACUUCCACUUGCAUGCCCACUAGUGUCAGACUUUAAAGUAAUGACUCCUCGGGGUCUCCAGUUGUCUGUGUCCACAAUGGAAUAUAUUUGAGGAUGAAGAGAUCAGGCGUCGAUCCCAAAACAUGCUUCCUCCACCAUAUGUCAUUGUUGGGAUGAGGUUUGAUGUGCAGUGCAUUGUUUUUGAAAAAACAGCAACAGUCAUUUUAUCCGCUGAACUGCUAAACUGUCAGGUUUUUAGAAUGGCUUUCAUAACCUUCUCCAGCCUCUCUGCAUCUCUCUGCAUCUAAAGCCCUUAAAUGUGGGGCUCACACACACUUACAUCAUAAGUCUGCCAAGUGUUGGCCAGUAAUUACACUGUGGUUUUUAUGUUAUUUUUCCUUUGUGAGGCAAAACUAGACUCAUUGCUUAUCUGGAAUACUUGAAUAUUAUAACAGUUGAAUGUUUGCAGUAUGGAGUUGGGAUUAAACUUGGCUAUUGAUGAGGUUAUAGCAUCGAUGGGGAAUAUGUUCCUGUUAUACGUUUGCAGACACAUGGACAU